AUGAAAAGUGCUCUCCGGGCAUACAACCAAGCUCGAUGGGCUCUUAAUCAGCUCAAUGCUCCUCAGGGCACUCGUGACCGAUACAAGCUGAUAGGGAAAAAAGAUACAAGGGCACUAACUACGGUAUACGAUGGCAACGCCCGGGGUCAAAGAAAUAUUGCUCUGCCAUGGUUCUGGAAUAUGGCUGUGGCUGAUGAUUCGUCAGGUUCAACAUACAUGGAACAAGUAUAUCGGGUGAAUUGGCUCAGAGCAAAAGCUCGAUAUGACCGGUGGUCAGAAGAGCAUACCUUGAUCCCAAACGAAAUGAACUGGACCCGCCUCUAUUUCAUCAACAAAGCAAGGGAGUGGGCUGGGCUGAGGGACUUGGUGCCAGACAAGCUGGGACAUGUAUGCUUUGCCGAGGGGCAAAUCAGUAUGUGGAAAGAACUGGCCUUCCAGGCCACCAAAGAAUUUAUAAAUGCCGGGGUCAUGUGCGAGGCCAUUGCAUUACCUAAACCUAGUUGA